AUGAAAGUUGCAACAACACCAGUAAACAAUGCCUUUGAAAGCUGGACACCAGCAAUUGGUACUGGAAAACAAAAUGCUGAUGUGCAAACUUCUCCAGAUCCUUGUGAAACUUUCUUUGAUCUUUACCAGCUGUCUGCUACCACAAAAUAUACACAGCUAUCAAAGCAACCAGGACCAUUAAGUUAUGAGUUCCUGUCACUGAAUUCCAGUGUUUACGGCAAGUUUAAGGACACAGAAGACAAAAUCUUUAUCUUGGCAAAUAAUCAGACAAACCUACAAAUUGAGCUCAAGCAGGCCGAAAAUAAUAUAACAGAUCUGUUCCACAGUAAGGAAGAACUUCAAGUUCAGAUUUUUAAAAAGAUUAAUGAAACAAUCCAAAGACAAUUUGAAAAGGAAGAAAACAGGAUAGAACAGAAAUUUGAUGACAUUGAACGCAAACUGAAUCAGCUGACAAGCAACCCUGGGUCACUCAAUGGAAAGCAGGUUGAAUGUUGCCCUAUAGACUGGCAAAUAUUUAGGCACAGCUGUUAUUACUUCUCCACAGAUUAUUCAGCAUGGUCUAAAGCCCGGAGUAAAUGCAAAGUUUCAGAAUCAGAUUUAGUCAUCAUCAACAGACCCGAGGAACAGGGUUUCUUAACACUGAAAGUAAAAGAGUACAAUAGCAAGCGUGGAACAUGGAGCAAUGAACUGUGGUACUGGAUUGGAAUGACAGACAAUGAAAAGGAAGGGAUGUGGAAAUGGGUAGAUGGGACGCUAUGUGACUGCAUCAAGAAUCAAAAAGGGUUCAUGAAAAGUGUCUUACACAGUAAAGCUGAUUUUUGUUUUGAGCGAUAA